AUGGCUCCCUUCAUGGACGGCGACGGCGUACCUGCCAGUGAAAAGCCUAAGCGAACGGGUAUUCAUGUCGUGAUAGUAGGUGCAGGCUUCGCAGGUAUCACUGCUGCCAUCGAGUGUGUACGCCAUGGUCACACCGCUCAGAUCCUGGAAUCGUACAAGAACACGAAUGUACAGCUAGGCGACAUCAUUUCGUUCGGGUCGAAUUCCAGCCGUAUCUUUGGGAGGUGGCCCGGUGUCCCUAAGAAGCUUGACCCGAUUUGCCACAAGAGUGACAAGCUGGAGUACCGAUACUGGAACGGCGAGCACAUCUACACUCAGUACUGGGGCUCAGAGCAGCAGAACUUCGGCGAACGGUACAACGGUCAUAGAGGGGAGAUUCACAAGAUCAUCUUCGACCAUGCCGUCGAGCAAGGAGUCGACAUCAAGCUUGGUCAGCAAGUUACGGAGUUCUUCGAGACCGAUACCGAAGCUGGGGUGAUUUCGAAUGGCGAGCGCAUUGUUGCUGAUGUCGUACUUGGCGCCGAUGGUGUACGCAGUAAAGCACGCCAGUUGGUAUUAGGGUACGACGACAAGCCAAAAGCCUCUGGCUAUGCCAUCUAUAGAGCAUGGAUGGACAGUUCCGAGUUAGCUAAGAAUGACCUCACCAAAGACCUUGUCAAUGGUGAUACUCAUACUGGCUGGCUAGGUCCUGAUAUCCACUUUCUCGCUGCCUCAAUCAAGGGAGGCAAGGAAUUCAGCUGGGUCUUCACCCACAAGGACGAGCGCGAUGUUCAAGAAGGCUGGUCUGAGCCCGGCAACCAUGAAGACGCUUGCAAGAUCCUCGAAGGCUGGGCGCCAGAAGUCCACACCAUCGUGCGCAUGACGCCGCCUGACAAGCUUGUAGACUGGAAGCUGGUAUACAGAGACCCGCUGCCUACCUGGGUCUCACCCAAAGGACGGAUAGCUUUGAUUGGCGAUGCUGCUCAUCCUUUUUUGCCCACGUCCAUACAGGGAGCAAGUCAGGCCAUGGAAGACGGUGCGACUGUCGCUGUAUGCUUGGAGAGGGCCGGGAAGGAGCAUAUUGAAGAUGCGUUGCCAACGUACGAAAAAAUACGAUACGAACGUGUCAAAGCGGUGCAGAAGACUGGCGAGACAACACGCGACGCAUGGCACAAAGCCGAUUUCAGCAAGCUCAAAGAGAACCCAGAGGCCAUCAAGCUGAAGCGGGAAGAAUGGGUACUGAACCACGACGCCGAAACGCACGCCUAUAAUGUCUACGAUGAGGCAGUGAAGAGUACAGAAAGGCUGCCUAUCAAGGUGACAUUGGCGAAGACAGCAGAGCCUGGUGAUGCUUCGAUGGUAUAG